AGAUUAGUUGAGGAGAUUUACUAGAAUGUUGCCUGGGUUUCAGCAACUAAGUUACAGAGAAAUGUUGAACAAGUUAGGGCUUUAUUCUUUGGAGUGCAGAAGGUUAAGGGGGGACUUGAUAGAGGUCUUUAAAAUGAUGAGAGGGAUAGACAGAGUUGACGUGGAUAAGCUUUUCCCCACUGAGAGUAGGGAAGAUUUAAACAAGGAGACAUGACUUGAGAAUUAAGGGACUGAAGUUUAGGGGUAACAUGAGGGGGAACUUCUUUACUCAGAGAGUGGUGGCUGUGUGGAAUGAGCUUCCAGUGAAGGUGGUGGAGGCAGGUUCGUUUUUAUCAUUUAAAAAUAAAUUGGAUAGUUAUAUGGACGGGAAGGGAAUGGAGGGUUAUGGUCUGAGCGCAUGUAUAUGGGACUAGGGGAGAAUACGUGUUCGGCACGGACUAGAAGGGUCGAGACGGCCUGUUUCCGUGCUGUAAUUGUUAUAUGGUUAUAUAGGUCAAAGCCAUAUAUAUAACUCAUCCAGAAAUAGCCAACAGGCUAUUAAACUCAACUCAAACAAAACUCUGAACAUUAAUAGCCCAUUGCACUUUAUCUGUUUAUUUAUGUGUGUUGUAUAUAUAUAUAUAUUCAAUGGUAUAUGGUCACACGGAUCUGUUCUGUAUUUAUUUAUGCCUACUAUAUUCUGUUGUGCUGAAGCAAAGCAAGAAUUUCAUUGUCCCAUCUGGGACACAUGACAAUAAACUCUCUUGAAUCUUGAACAGGGUUAGAAAUUACAUGGGACAGGCUCGAGCAAUGCUAUGGCUCAGCUGAAGUUAUUGAAGAUGCUCUCUUUAAACGAAUUGAAAGCUUUCCAAAGAUAACAAACAAAGAUUAUUGAAAGCUAAGAAAGUUAAGUGCCGUAUUAAUGGAACUUCAGUCAGCCAAGGCUGAAGGAGAAAUUCCCGGCAUUUCCUUCCUCGACGUGGCAAGAGGUGUCAAUCCAAUUGUACAGAAACUUCCUUUCAACCUACAAGAAAAUGGGCAUCAGUUGGCUCAUCCUACAAGUGCUUACACCAUGUUCCAUAUCCUCCCUUUAACUACUUUGUCGAUUUUUUAACUCGGGAGGUGAAUACCAAAAACGAGCCCAGUUUCAACUUCACCUCUCACACAGACACAGCUUUCAAGACAGAAAGAUCCCCUGGGAAACCAAACAGACAAAGAGAAGUCUCAGGACAUAAAACAGAGAUAUUCCCCCAAACGCCCUCCAAUCAAGAAGUUCUCACAAAGAAAGAGGAUUGUGAGAGACUGUGCCUAAUACAUAGGAAACCUCACCCCCUACGCAAGUGCCGUGCCUUUCGGGAAAGGCCCAUUGAAGAACGUAAAGAAAUCUUAAACGGGAACUACAUUUGCUUUAAAUGCUGUGCUUCUUCAUCACAUAUGGCAAAGAACUGCAAAUUCAGGACACAGUGCUCUGAAUGUGACCGUGAAAAGCAUCACACAGCUCUCUACCCCGGUCCAGCUCCCUCGAUCAAAGAGACCGACACUGCUCCAGAGCACGGUGGGGAGGAGGACAUCUCAUCACCAUAACAUCACCACAAAAUGUACACAAGUCUGUGGAGGAGAUCUAUCAGACCGGUCCUGCUCGAGGAUCUGCCUUGUGAAAAUAUAUCCGGCAUGCCAUCGAGUCAAGGCAAGGAGGCUUUAUGCAAUUCUAGACGAGCAGAGUAACAUCCGCUCAGAGUUGUUUGAAAUAUUCAAUGACCAAGGCCCAAGGUCCUUAUUUCCUAAAAACGUGUGCUGGAGCAAAGGAGACAAUGGGGAAAAGAGCCAGUGGAUACAAAGUGGAAUCCCUGGAUGGAACGGUCAACCUCACAUUGCCCAGCCUCAUUGAAUGCAACGAGAUACCAGAUAACAGAUCUGAGAUUCCAACUCCCAAUGGUGUUCUUCACCACGCUCAUUUGAUGUCAAUAGCGGACUUCAUCCCAGAUCUUGACCCGGAGGCUCCCAUCAUGCUCCUGCUUGGACAGGACAUCUUCAGAGUUCAUAAAGUACGCUAACAGGUUAGCGGCCCCCACAACGCACCUUGCGUGCAGAAGCGAGACCUGGGAUGGGUUGUUGUAGGCAAUCGCCAUAAACCACUAACAGUAGAGGCCUCCACUAACACCAGAGAAGGGAGCGCAUCCAACCCAUUUUGAACCAAUGUGGAUCAUGUCAAGGAGAAAUAUGAUGGAAUCCAGAUCCCUCAAUAUUCCACAAUACAGUUCAGGGAGAACCUUACCUGUGAGGCUGAGGCUAAGGUGCAAUGUCUUUAGUCAAAUCAAAGAAGGCAACCAGAUUGCUCCUUCUAUCCAAGACGCCUCUUUCAUGAAAAUAAUGAAAGAAGGUCUAAAGAAAUUUGCAAGCAACAGGGCAGCACGGCUAUCAUUUAAACAUCCACGCUGAUGGCUCUCAAAUAACAGGCCUCAGGCACUGAAUCGUCUCAAGACUCUCAUACGCAACUUUGUGAGGAAACCUGAAAUGAGAGACCAUUUCCUCAAGACACCACAUGGGAAAGAAUGAUUCGUCUUGCGCGAAGAUUCCUGGAUUCUAUGUUCCUGCAACUGAAAAACAUCAAACUUACCCACAAAGUACUUCUCACCUUCGUGGCAGAAGUAGCAGCCAUUAUCAAUGCAAGGCCACUUGUUCUAGUGUCCACUGACCCAGGCAACACGUUCUUUCUGAUGCCAGUGGCUCUUCUCACACAGAGGGUGAACGUCCUUCCUGCUCCUGCCGGUGAGUUUGAUGUCAAAAACUUCUACAAGAGUCAAUGGCGACAGGUUCAACACUUGUCCUACACCUUCUGGGACAGAUGGAGGAAAUAGUACCCAAUUCUACAGCCACGCCGGAAGUGGCAGUCCAGCCAGCCGGAUAUACAGUCCGGGGAGAAUUGUUCUACUCGACAACAGUCAAACCGCAAGAAAUGAGUGGCCUCUUGGACUUGUCACUCAGAUCUUUCUGAGCAGUGACGGGAAGGUCCGCAAGGUCGGGGUAAAUGUCGCUCAGCAGGACAGGCAUCAUCUCUGGAGAGAAGGAAUAGGUGACGUUUAGGGCCGAGACCCUUCUUCAGACCAACACAUUAUUUGGAUAUUGUCUGCUGCUGAGAGCGGCUUGCUCUAUGCAGAUUUUCUGCAGGGUUUUGUCAAAACACAAUCAACCGUAAGCAGGGCAGGAAGGCAUGGUGUAUGCCCAUCAAGGUUGGCUGCAGAGGUUUUGCAGGGCAAUCGCUCUACAAAGCCUUGAGUGCACUGGGCAUCAACGGAGUGGCGAGGAGAAGAGCCAUCAAGAACACCACAGAGGCAGCGGAGAAUGGCUCUGGAUCAGGAGAGAAGGUCCAUGGGGAGGAGCGAAUGCCACCUGAACACAAGUCGUGGUCUGAUCAACCACGGCUGGGUUGCCUGGGCGAGGGUGUCUGAUGUUGAAAGACCCGAAACACCCAUUGACCCCAGGUUACAUCACUGAUGAUGUGUUCAGGAGCAUCUAUAGAUGUAUUUUUUAAUCAAGCAUUUAAUGACUAAAGGGCUUUGGGAUGUUUCAGUGUUGAGAACUAGUCAAUAAAACUGCAAGUUGGAUAUCACUGUUACAUGAAAAGAAAUGCGGCGGUGGCAUUUUUCCCCCAAGUGAUGUAACGAUGUCUGUGGGUGUGUUGAUGCCGGGGGAACGGAAGUUUAUUGCCACCUGCCAUAAAACACAAUUGCUUCUGCAACUUUCCUUGUAAGCGUAUUGGGGAAUAGAUUCUCCUCCUAUCCGCGCAAACAGACCGUGGAGACGGGGCCAUGGAAGUGGUCACGGUGCAUUUCACGUGCGAUGCUCCCGUCACGAUGCUGAAAUACCUCCGUGCAUAUCGCUGAACGCGGGUGUAAUAAUAACGGUGGCGAUACCAAGAUGUUGCAUUUUUUAAAUGUAUUACAUCGCGAAGACUUGACCAAAAAUAUCUGGCGAUUGGGACUAUUCCACUUGCAAGCAGAGGGAGAGGCGCGUACAACUCGGGCCAGGUGGUUGGUGCCUGCAGCCUUGUGUGCAGUGCAAUAACUGCUGUGUUUGCCAAUGAGCUGCAUUAAUUGGAGAGAAAUCCGUGCAACCUGAACGAUGGCUGGGACGAAACUGAAACCAUCCUCUUCGGAGCCAGAGUCAGUGAUGAAGGCUGCAUCAAAGAACGCCAAGAAUGCAAACGUAAACAGUUCCCCCAAGCCAGCCCGGAGGAUGGGAUCUUUAGGGAGUGACUACGGACUAAGGGUGCAGGUGGAAUUCUACGUGAACGAGAACACCUUCAAGGAGCGACUUAAACUCUUCUUCAUCAAAAACCAAAGAUCAAGCUUAAGAAUACGACUCUUUAACUUCUCCUUGAAGGUGCUCACAUGCGUUCUGUACAUCGUACGAGUUUUGCUGGACCAGCCCGAAGAAGGAAUUGGAUGUUGGGGAUGUUCAAAGCAGAAUUACACCGCCCGUCCAACAUCUAAUCUCGUCAUCAAUUGGGCACCUAUACUUUGGGUGAACAGAAGUCUACCACUGUGGGGAAUUCAGGUUACAGUGGCUUUAAUUAGCUUUCUGGAGACUAUGCUCCUCACAUAUUUAAGUUACAAGGGAAAUAUCUGGGAACAGAUUUUCCGAAUAUCUUUUCUCCUUGAAAUGAUCAACACUGUUCCCUUCAUUGUCACUAUUUUUUGGCCGCCCUUGAGGAAUCUCUUCAUCCCAGUGUUUCUAAACUGCUGGCUGGCCAAACAUGCACUGGAGAACAUGAUUAAUGAUUUGCAUCGAGCCAUUCAGAGAACGCAGUCUGCCAUGUUCAACCAAGUUUCAAUACUGAUCUGCACUCUACUCUGCCUUGUCUUCACUGGAGCCUGUGGAAUCCAGCAUUUGGAGAGAGCAGGAGACAAUCUGUCAUUUUUCAACUCCCUCUACUUCUGCAUUGUCACCUUCUCUACAGUUGGAUUUGGGGAUGUGACUCCACAGAUCUGGCCUUCACAACUACUUGUGGUCAUCAUGAUAUGCGUUGCUUUGGUGGUAUUGCCUCUCCAGUUUGAAGAGCUUGUUUACCUGUGGAUGGAAAGGCAGAAGUCUGGUGGGAAUUACAGUCGACAUCGAGCACAGACAGAGAAACACGUUGUGCUCUGUGUCAGCUCCUUAAAAAUCGACCUGCUAAUGGACUUCCUCAAUGAAUUUUAUGCGCAUCCCAGGCUGCAGGAUUACUAUGUGGUCAUCCUGUGUCCAACUGAGAUGGAUCUCCAGGUGCGCAGAGUGUUGCAGAUUCCUCUCUGGUCCCAGCGGGUCAUUUACCUGCAGGGGUCGGCGUUGAAAGACCAAGAUCUCAUGAGAGCCAAGAUGGAUGACGCAGAAGCCUGUUUCAUUCUGAGCAGCCGCAAUGAAGUGGAUCGUACAGCAGCGGAUCAUCAGACGAUCUUGAGAGCAUGGGCUGUAAAGGACUUUGCCCCAAACUGCCCCCUCUACGUUCAGAUACUGAAGCCAGAAAAUAAGUUUCAUGUCAAGUUUGCAGAUCAUGUAGUUUGUGAAGAGGAGUUUAAAUAUGCCAUGUUAGCCUUGAAUUGCAUCUGCCCUUCCACCUCAACUCUCAUCACUCUCUUGGUACAUACAUCUAGGGGACAGGAAGGACAACAGUCCCCAGAACAGUGGCAGAGGAUGUAUGGUCGGUGCUCGGGGAAUGAGGUCUAUCACAUUAAACUCACCGACAGCAAGUUCUUUGGAGAAUAUGAAGGGAAGAGUUUCACCUACGCUUCAUUCCAUGCCCACAAAAAGUAUGGUGUCUGCCUGAUAGGUGCAAAGAAAGAGGACAACAAGAGCAUCUUGCUCAACCCUGGACCUCGGUACAUCAUGGCCAGUUCAGACAUCUGCUUUUACAUCAAUAUCACCAAAGAAGAAAACUCUGCAUUCAUCUUCAAAGAGGAAGAGAAACAAAAACGACAAAGCCUGACUUCAGGGAGCAUCUUCAGUGGACCUUCCAGGCUACCUGUCCACAGCAUCAUUGCCAGUAUGGGCACAGUUGCCAUGGAUCUACAGAAUACAGAGUGCCGCCCAUCCAGUCGCACCACUUUGACUCUGCCUACGGAGAAUGGAGCUGGAGGUCGAAGGCCCAGCAUUGCACCCGUCCUGGAAAUCGCAGACACUUCUGCCAUUCUGCCCUGCGAUCUCUUAAACGACCAGUCGGAAGAUGAAGCAAAUCCGUCUGAUGAUGAGAGUUCACCUACCCCCGAGUACGUGAAAGGAUACCCUCCCAAUUCGCCUUACAUUGGAAGUUCUCCAACUCUCUGCCAUCUAUUACCUGUGAAGGCUUCAUUCUGCUGCCUGAGAUUAGACAGGGGGUGUAGGCACAACAGCUUUGAAGAUGCAAAAGCCUAUGGCUUCAAGAACAAGUUGAUCAUUGUGUCUGCUGAGACUGCAGGCAAUGGACUGUACAAUUUCAUUGUCCCACUCCGAGCCUACUACAGGCCCAGGAAAGAACUGAAUCCUAUCGUUCUGCUGCUGGACAACCCGCCAGAUAAUCAUUUUUUGGAGGCCAUCUGCUGUUUCCCCAUGGUUUACUUCAUGGCAGGAAGCAUUGAUAACCUGGAUAAUCUACUCCAGUGUGGGAUUAUUUACGCUGAUAACCUGGUGGUCGUGGACAAAGAGAGUACAAUGAGUGCUGAAGAGGAUUACAUGGCUGACGCCAAGACCAUUGUCAAUGUUCAAACCAUGUUCAGGUUGUUCCCCAGUCUCAGCAUCAUUACUGAGCUGACUCAUCCAUCAAACAUGAGGUUCAUGCAGUUUCGAGCCAAGGAUUGUUAUUCUCUUGAACUUUCUAAGUUAGAAAAGAAGGAACGUGAAAAGGGCUCCAAUUUGGCAUUCAUGUUCCGUCUCCCGUUUGCUGCUGGGAGGGUGUUCAGCAUCAGUAUGUUGGACACACUGCUUUAUCAGUCCUUUGUUAAAGAUUACAUGAUUCCAAUCGCACGGUUGUUACUUGGACUUGACACUACCCCGGGCUCCGGAUAUCUUUGUGCUAUGAAAAUCACUGAGGAUGAUUUAUGGAUCCGCACAUACGGAAGGCUCUUUCAGAAACUCUGCUCUUCAAGUGCCGAAAUCCCAGUUGGGAUUUACAGAACAGAGUUGCACUUAUUUUCAACAUCUGAGUCACAGAUCUCAAUCAACGUUGACGAGUGUGAGGACACAAAGGAGGGGAAAGACCAGUGGGGCGGCAAGAGUCACCGCAACUCAACGUCCAGUGACCAGUCGGAGCACCCGUUGCUGAGACGCAAAAGCAUGCAGUGGGCGCGAAGGCUGAGCAGGAAGGGAAACAGGAACGCCGCCAGUAAAGCCGACGAGAAGAUCAGCCAGCAGAGACAGAACCUGUACCACCGGACAGAAUGGCAAGAGUUGUCCGAACUGGUGAAGAACAGAAUGAAGCAUCUUGGACUCCCCACUACAGGAUACGAGGAUGUAGCAAAUUUAACAGCCAGUGAUGUGAUGAAUCGUGUAAAUCUUGGAUAUUUGCAAGAUGAGAUGAACGACCAUCAGAAUACAUUAUCGUAUGUUCUGAUUAACCCGCCACCUGACACGCGACUGGAACUGAAUGAUAUUGUGUACCUGAUUCGUUCUGACCCACUGGCCAAUGUUCAAAAUGGUUCAAGCAGCCUGAAGAGCAAGCCCUGCAGGUUGUUCCCAUCCAAUGAGGAGGCAAAGAAUGAAACGGAACUAUAAAUGCUGGAUCCCUGCCAAUUUGUAAGACACCACCUUGAUUUUACAAAAAUGACAACAUACUGUUUAUGCACAGAAGAUGGUCCUACUGACACCUUGAAACAAAACAAUGCUGAUUGAAGUUUUGCAUUACCAAAUACGACCAGUUUACAAAUUGAAAUAGAUCACCGAGGUUACUCUGAUUAGACCUUGAACUACAACAGGUUUAAUGGAACUAUGCCAAUUGAGAAUCAGCAUUGACUCAGACUAAAGCAACAUAUGAAGAAAAUGUUUACUUGAUAUAUUAUGCAUAAUUUCAGGUCCAGAUAGUGGACUUAUUUUAUAUAUUUUUGUACCAUGUAGAAUGGGACAUGUUGUUUAUUUAUUUAAACUCAACCUACUUGGGACAAGUGGUCCUAUUUCUAUUAUUGGAGAGCAGACUAUCUUGAUACUGUCUCCCAGAUAGUAUUUGUGACUCUGAUGUGUGUACAGGUAUGGCAUGAACUUUCUUUCCAUUGUCCAGGUGCUGAUGUUGCUGUGUCAAAUUAAUUCAAGGAUCCUUUGGUGCCAAAGGGACAAAUGCUUUCAAGAUCUUUUUCUACAUGAAUGUGCUUGGACAAUUGUUAUAGGAUAAUCGCUGGAGCUAUUUGAUCUCCGAUCCAUUUUGCACAGUUAGUAAUUUCUCAUCGCUGGUUUGAAUGGAAAGUGGUGCCUUCAGUCUGACCCAUCGUUGGGCUAAAUCAUCAAUUGCCAACAUGAAAUAAGGAACAGUGGACAAAAAUGUGAAAAAAUAUCAGGAAAAAUGUGCAGGCAAGGAAGCAUCAGUCCAUAUUCAUUUGGAACAAAUUGCUUGAACAAUUUUAAUGGAGGUGAGUGUGCAAGGGAACGUGGGCAUUUAUAUUGCACACUAUUGAGAUAGUUGCAGAACAUAUAUUUAUUUUGUUAUCAAAUUCUGGCAUGUCAUUAUCACAAAGAAUUGGAAACAUACAGGCGGUAGUCUGUGGCUGUACAAAGUUUUGACUGUGUCGACACAUUGCUCUUUGUGUAGAGGAAGACCCCAAGGUACAGAACAUUAGAAUCUAAAACAGAAAAUACCGUAACUAGAAUUCCGGUGCACCAACAUAACUCUAUUUCAAGACUGCAAUAGAAUACUUCAAAAUAAACUGCAUAGAUCUUUCUCACCACAUCUAAAGCUGGAGUUUGGACAGUUCAUGGAAACUACAUGAGAUGACUGUGCCGAUCAACAGGCUUAUUUGGGAAAAUACAAAUUAGCAUGUACGUCCAGUUACUGAAACAUAUAGAGCCUCAAACUCAACAAAGUUGUCAUCUGUCCCUCUCAUGCCUCUGGACUUCAAUGCAAGGAUGAUGUGGUCCAUAGUGCCUCGUUUGUGGCAUUUAUUUGCCAGCAUUCAUGGUGUCUGGUUUCACACCCACCUUCCAUCAAAGCUCAGGUUCAAAUCCCUGUGAUACUGCAGAUACAAGCCCAUCUACAGGGAAGUUGUACGUAAGCUGUGGAACUCUCAAGCUUCUGAGGACAUUGAAACACAUUCAGCAUGCUAUUUAUCUGACCCAGCCAUGGUAUGGAUACUUAACAGAGUACCAAGUGCACCUUGCAAGUAAGCUACAUGCACCCAUGGCACUGCAUCGACUGUAAGCUUCUAGCUGUUUAGUAUUGCUGCACCUGUCGUAAAUGGAAAUAGCAACAAAUCUGAACGUAAAGUACUUUCAAAAUGAGCAAAGAGCUUUUGCUAGGGCUGCUGAGACCAGAAAAUAGUUCUUGUGUGAUCUAUUUGGUAAUUGUAUGAGUCUACUUGAACAAUAACGCUGUUGCAUUUUGCAUCUGCAAAACACCCAAACUACUAAAAAGAAACUCCAGCUGGUGCAGAACAAGAGCCUUGGCACAACUAAUGACUCAUUCAAGGAUUCAGAACAGAACACUGCCAACUUCAAACUUAACAUUGAAUGCAUAAAUGGUGAUAAGUACCAGUUCAGACAUACGUACAAAAUAACUUGUCACCAAAUUUUAAAACCUGCAUGCGUUUAGUAUUUGGGUGUUGGCAAUAACUCACUAAGAAUGAUUUUUUUCCCACAAUUAAACGGUGGGAGGCCAUUAAUGAUACUCUCAUUCUGAUUUAGUGUCAACUUAUUCCACCACCCCACUUCAUUUCCCCCCAGGGGCCCCUCACCCUCCCAAGCUUGGCCUCUCUGCUGAAUGAAUAUGUUGCAAUACUACAGAUGAAAUGCCUUGAUGUUUUUACAUGAAUUAAAGUCAAUCUGAUCAGAUUUCCGCAGAUUGUUUGGUUUACAACUGGAGUAACAACAUAUCAUUUUGGGGAGAGGCGAAUUAAAAAUUAUUUUUAACAGCAUCUAUUUCUUUAAAAACAGAACUAUCAUUACAUAUUAUAUCAUGAAAGUGGGUCUUUUUCAUCACGUAUUUUAAAGAGAGCAUUGAAUUUGAUACCUGUUGCCUGUGACCUCCCAUUUUUCCAAUUGCAAACACCAUAUUAAAGGAUUGUUUUUACUUUUUUCUUGUACCUCUCAACUGUAAUAUAUUGCUUUGAAAGAAAAGUGUCAUAAUUUUAUACUGUUAAAUGAAGUGUCCAUGAAUGUUAAAAUAAGAAAUAAAUUGCUGCAUGCAGC